AUGUCUCUUCUUUCAGAUUUCCUUUAUAUUUCUUCUCCAUUCUUUCUUUCUUUUUUCUUUCUUUCUUUUUUCUUUCUUUCUUUUUUCUUUCUUCUUGAUUUUCUUUCUUCUUUCACUUUUUCAUAUCCGCUUCAUUUUCAACUUUUCCUACUUUCAUUGAUCUAUUUUUACAUACCUUUCUUUAUUUCAUUCAUUUUUACGUGGUUUCUCUUCUUCCACCUCUUCUUUCUUUCUUUCAUUCUUUCUUUCUUUCUUCUGUUUCUUUCUUUCUUUCUUCUGUAUCUUUCCCAUCCGUCUUUCUUUCUUUCUUUCUUUUGUAUCUCUUCCAUCCUUCUUUCUUUCUUUCUUUCUUUCUUUCUUUUUAACAUCCUUCUUUCUUUCUUUCUUUCUUUCUUUCUUUUGUAUCUCUUCCAUCCUCCUUUCUUUCUUUCUUUCUUUCUUUUUUUCUUUUUACCAUCCUCCUUUCUUUCUUUCUUUUUACCAUCCUUCUUUCUUUCUUUCUUUCUUUUUUUUUCUUUCUUUUGUAUCUCUUCCAUCCUUCUUUCUUUCUUUCUUUCUUUCUUUCUUUCUUUUCUUUUCUGUAUUCCCAUCCUUCUUUCUUUUUUUUUCUUUCUUUCUUUCUUUCUUUUUUCUUUCUUUUCUUUCUGUAUCCUUCUUUCUUUCUUUCUUUCUUUCUUUCUUUCUUUCUUUCUUUUUUCCAUCUUCUUCUUUCCAUCCUUCUUUCUUUCUUUCUUUCUUUCUUUCUUUCUUUUUACCAUCCUUCUUUCUUUCUUUCUUUCUUUCUUUCUUUCUUUCUUUCUUUCUUUCUUCUGUAUCUUUCCCAUCCUUCUUUCUUUCUUUCGUAUCUUUCCCAUCCUUCUUUCUUUCUUUCUUUCUUUCUUUCUUUCUUCUGUAUCUUUCCCAUCCUUCUUUCUUUCUUUCUUUCUUUCUUUCUUUCUUUCUUCUGUAUUUUUCCCAUCCUUCUUUCUUUCUUUUUCUUUCUUUCUUUUUACCAUCCUUCUUUCUUUCUUUCUGUUUCUUUCCAUCCUUUUUACCAUCCUUCUUUCUUUCUUUCUUUUUUUUCUUUUUUUCUUUCUUUCUUUCUUUCUUUUUUUUUCUUUCUUUCUUUCUUUCUUUUUACCAUGUAUCUUUCCCAUCCUUCUUUCUUUCUUUCUUUCUUUCUUUUCUUUCUUUUCUUUCUUUCUUUCUUUCUUCUGUAUCUUUCCCAUCCUUCUUUCUUUCUUUCUUUCUUUUUACCAUCCUUCUUUCUUUCUUUCUUUCUUUCUUUCUUUCUUUCUUUCUUUCUUUCUUUCUUUCUUCUGUAUCUUUCCCAUCCUUCUUUCUUUCUUUCUUUCUUUCUUUCUUUCUUUUCUUUCUUUCUUUCUUUCUUUCUUUCUUCUGUAUCUGUCCCAUCCUUCUUUUUCUUUCUUUCUUUCUUUUCUUUCUUUCUUUCUUUCUUUCUUUCUUUCGUUUACCCACCCUUUUUGGUCUUUAUUUUUCAUUUUUUUUCAUUUAUUAUCAAAUGAGUUCUUUUCUUCUACCUCUUCCCUCCUCGUUCUUUUGUUUUCUUUUUCUUUUUUCAUUCUCUCUUUAUUUCUUCACUUCUUUUUUUUUCUUCCCUCUUAA